AUGGCGUGGCACCAACUCAGCAUAGACAAACCGCACUUGGUGUACAUCAUCCUGGGGGGUUUUACUAGCAUAUUCAUGCUAUGCUCGCUCUUCAUCAAGGAGAAACUGUACAUUGGCGAAGCUACCGUGGCUACAAUAUGCGGUGUCAUAUUUGGACCUCAUGCCGCAAAUCUCAUCAACCCUCUGACAUGGGGUAACACCGACCAGAUUACUCUCGAAUUCUCCCGCAUCGUCCUGGUUGUUCAGUGUUUUGCCAUCGGCGUCGAGUUGCCGAAGGCCUACAUGGAACGACACUGGAAGUCGGUGGUCUUCCUCUUGGUUCCGGUUAUGACUUUUGGCUGGCUGAUCACCAGUCUGUUCAUAUGGUGGAUGAUUGUUCCUCUUAGCUGGCUGGAGUCGCUAGUCGUCGCAGCUUGUGUCACGGCCACGGAUCCGGUCCUGGCUUCGUCGGUCGUGGGAAAGGGCAAGUUCGCAAAAAGAGUUCCCAAACAUCUUCGAGAUGUCCUGUCUGCCGAAUCCGGUUGCAACGACGGAAUGGCCUUUCCAUUCAUCUAUCUGUCUCUGUACCUGGUGAGGUACCAUCUUCGCGCCAGAGAGGUCAUCUUUCAUUGGACGUGUUACACUAUCCUCUAUGAAUGCAUUUUCGGCGCGUUCUACGGGGUCAUGGUCGGGUACAUGGGCCGUCACGCCAUCAAAUUUGCCGAACGAAAAGGUUUAAUUGAUCGCGAAAGUUUUCUCGUGUUCUAUUUCGUCCUGGCCUUGUUCUGCGCCGGCUCUGGGAGUAUGUUGGGAAUGGAUGACCUUCUCAUUGGAUUCGCUGCUGGAGUUGGAUUUUCGAACGACGGUUGGUUCACCGAAAAGACGGAAGAGUCCCAUGUCUCCAACGUGAUCGAUUUGCUUCUCAACUUGGCCUACUUUGUCUACUUUGGGACCAUCAUCCCAUGGGAUCAGUACAACGCGCAAGCACAUGGCCUUACCCCUUGGAGGCUAGUCGUCAUUUCCAUCAUGGUUAUCUUGUUCCGUCGGAUACCUGCAAUGCUGGCUCUCAAACCCCUCAUUCCCGACGUCAAGACUUGGCGGGAGGCUUUGUUCGCCGGUCAUUUUGGACCCAUUGGGGUCGGCGCCAUCUUUGCGGCAAUCCUGGCUCGUGCAGAAUUGGAAACAGAUAGUACGACACCGUUAGCCACGCUUCCUGAAGAAAACGAGGAAUAUCAGUUGAUCUACCUCCUAUGGCCUGUGGUCACGUUCUUGGUCAUCUCGUCAAUCCUCGUGCAUGGUUCCUCGAUUGCCGUGUUUACCUUGGGCAAGCGGAUCAACACUCUGACAAUCACUCUGUCGUACACUCAAGACAACGAAAAAGGCCCCGCAUGGAUGCAAAGACUUCCCAGAAUUACGUCUCAGUCAAGAUCUAUGUCGCGCAGGGAGAGCUCGGAGCUGGACAUUGACGAGAAGCUGGAAGUCCCUCCCGGAGAACUCCCGCCAAUUGGAAUUCCCAAGCUCCAUCUCAGGCGACAGCGGGAAGACGAGUAUGAGAAGAGGCCGGGCUCCAGGUCUUCGAGUCUUGGCAGAGCACGGAGACGGAGAAGGCGGGAUAGAGAUCUUGAAGAACGACUGGGAGGUCCCGUCAGUCAAAGUGCCAUUGCCCCGUCAAGACUCAGUGAGCCUGCGCUCGUGCAACAGGAGUCCGGUUCGGAUACGUUGUUUGACAAAUCCGGCGAACCUUCGCCGCAAAGUCGCCAAGAGCGCCUCGGGGCUGUGUCGCCGACCUCUUCCCCAGAGCGCCGUCAGCUUGAAGCUGAGCGGGAGACUGGGGUUGAGCGGGUGCCCGUUCGCCGUGCGCGAUCUCCGCCACCUGAGGGCGCAGCUGCAGAUGUCGAGGCAUAUGAAGAAGGUGACAAUAUUAUCGUCGAAGACGUGGAAGGAAACGUGAUAGAUACGAUCGAUGCCAGGCACAUGUCAGCUGAAGAAAGGUCUGAGGCUAUCGAGAAAGCCCGAAAUCGCUUGGCCAAAGACGAAUCCGGGAAGUUUACAAAACACAGCCACGAGCCACAUGCCAGAAAUGAAGGUGAGGAGCUGGAGGAGGAGAUUGAACAAGCUGUUAUACCAAAAAGUAUGCGGCAGAGAUUUGACCAGUGGAAAGGUUUCGGCAGACGGAAGGAGGGAGAAGCCGGACCUUCUGGCACCAAGCACCCUGAACGGAAGAGAGGUCCCGCUCAUGCCUACCAAUUUGGCAACACUGUCAUUGUUGAAGACGAGGACGGCGAAGUUAUCAAGACAUAUAACAUUCCUAGCGAGACUGGGGGUGGCGACAAGACAAGGGAGCAGCAAGUGCGGGAUGGGCUGCGCCGGAUGAGCACAUGGGUUGGUUUGGGCCGACAAGCUGGUCCCGCAGGCCCUGCAGGACCCGGUACUGCUGCUCCUGCGACGUCGGAAAAACGAGACAACUCCCCGAAAGAGGAAGCCGAGAAAAAGCGAGAUUUCAGGAGGCACAUUAGCGAUGCAUCCUCUGAUGAUGGUUUGAGAAUGACCAUCUCCAGGGCUGAUCAAUACGGUCUGACGGGUUUGCAAAAGAAGACUCGGGAUGCUCCCGGGACUAUUGCACUGGGGUCUGGCCGACGACUAUCGACGAAAGACUUUAUCAGGCAAAUGCAACAACUAGACUCCAAGAAUAAGAUUCGAGAGGUCGAAAGGAGUGACGCUACAGAGGAUAUCAAACGAGAAGUGCGCAGGGUUGCGAAGAUGGAAAGAGAAGGUCUUGACGAGCCGACGUCGCCUGAUGAAAGGCCAGUGCGUGGCCGAACCGAGACAAGUAUCGGAGGCACCGCAGCUCUUCGCCGCCCGGGCGUUAGCCGAAGAACUACGAGUGAAGAAGAAGCCGAAGACUAUUUCAGCCCUCAACGGCGUCCGAGACCCGAUCGACUGGCCACCCAUGGCCGUCAUCGAACUUUGAGCGAGGGGAGUGAAGAAGAGGAGGAAGAGGAAGAGGGGGAAAUUCCAACUCAUAACGUGAGGUCGAGUGUAGUGAAGCAUGGCAAAGGUCAGACUGCGGCAGACUUUCGCAGGCGACACCUGGCGAGGAUCCGGUCCGAGGGGGAGGAAGAAGAAGAGAACGAAGACGAAGGAGAAACCGCCGCGGAAAAGAGACGUCGGCUGGCCGCAUUGGGUUUGGGUGGCGGAGAUGAAGAUUCUAGCAGCGAGGGUGACGAAGACGAGCCUCGUCGAACUGAAGCCGCCGUGCCAGAGCCCACCUACGAAGCAUCCUCAUCUUCGGCUCAACCUAAAGCGCGUAUCCAAUGGGGCGGUGAGAGGGGACGAGAGAAGAAAGACCCUUAUGACAUCUACGCGGGCGAUCCCAUUGUUGGUGCUGCAAGGAAACUGAGAAGGAUGAUGAAGAAGAAAAGUUGA